AUGUUUCUGCCUCGGGCUCGCCUGGUGGUGAAGGCGGCGCCGGAGCUGCGCGACUGUGCGGAAGCCCGGCGAUUACGCUGGUGCGAGGGUGUUGUUUGGGUCCGUUACGUGCAGAUCGUAGUGUCUCCGGAGGAGCUUCCACUUGAGCCCACCGCACUCGUUCUGCUGCCUGUUGCUGUGCAUGACUUUUGCACUGCAGUUCUGGCUCUCAGCGUGGCGUAUUUUUUCCCUCGCUCAUCCCACUGCUGCGGCUUAUCGUUUUUUUUUCUGUUUUCUGCUGCUCUACUUGCGUUGGUUGCUUGUGUUUUUUUGCAUGUACCUCUUUUUGCUUUUGUUUGGCGUCUCACUCCAGCAGCGGCCAUGCCGAGGCGGAGAUUACUGAUAACUAAGCGGACACUGACGCGGGUUGCUCUGCUGCUGUUUCUCUUCAUUGCAGUCACGACUCUGCUGUCAUUCUCGUUUGACACCGCCUUCUAUGGUGCGGCUGGACCCUACAGUUCCUGCCACCCGCUAGCGGCAGCGGCCGAUGACGCGGCACUCGCCCACAUCCCGCGCAGCGUUGUGGACACGUGGGGCCGGCGGCACUACCUGAUUGUGCUGGGUAUUCCUUCUGUGGAUGACGAAAUAAAGCGGAGGCGUCGCAACCUGCAGCGAUCAACGUGCUGGCGGUUCCCCGGUGUGGCGACGCGGGCGAAUGACUUCACCGGUGCGAUGCUUGUGCUGUACGUCCUUGGUCGCCACCCAGCGCAUGGCUACAACUACUCCGCCGCGCUGCAGGAGGAGGCGGCGCAGUGGCACGACGUGGUUGCGCUGCCAAUGAAUGAGGGCCGUGUGAUGACGAGAAAAACAGGUGAUGAUGACUGGGGCAUCGAAGCUGCGAUGGCUGUAAGCCGCAAGACGUACAUGUGGUUUGAUCUUGCGCUCCGCUUGUUCCCCACCGCCAGCUACAUUGCGAAGGGCGACGAUGAUAUAUUUCUUCAAGUGCCACGGUUCCUUGUGAACCUGCGACUUCUGCCGCGCCGUGGGAUCUACAUGGGAUCGCAGUUUCUUCUUCCAGCGUCAGAGAAGGAUGAGUCUAAGGGUGUUUUUUUUAUGAUUGGCUGGUGCUACACAUUGUCGAGAGAUUUGGCGGAGGCGUUGGUGUCGUACAAGCCGCUGCAACGCCUGGUGUACCUGCCAUACAGCAAGGAGCAGGAGGACGAAAUUUUUUCAAUCAAUAUGGACCACGAGGACAUUAUGGUUGGGCGUGUGCUGCUGCAGGAAGUGAAGCCCCAGCCAUUGGUGAAUGUCAGGGCCUUUGAUUGUCUUUUUGGAAACAUUCGCAACAACACAGGGCAUUCGCAGGUGAUGCCAUCUUCCAUAUGUCUUCACCACGUACGGGAGGACGACUACGCUGCGCUCAUGGCGCGCUUUGGCCAUGACACGUCGCCAUUCCCUUUACGUGUGGAACGUAUUUCGAAGGAACUGUUCCAUUUAUUGUGUAAUUAA